AUGAUCACGCAUGUCGGCACGGCAGCCGUAUCUGAAUUCCUGUACAGCAAUCACAGUACCGCGGGGUCCGACGAGUCGACGACUGCAUGGCAUGUCUGCAUCAGUCGCCUCGUCCGUACCGCAUGGUCCCUCCCGUCCUCCCCUCUCUCGCAUAAUUCCCGCCACAUGCCAAGUCAAACCGCCCUCUUCCGUCGCGCGUUGACGCCGCUGGGAAAUGCAUUGACUUCACUUCACAGACGAUGGCUAUGGCACGGCCUCCGCGCUCGUCUUUAUAAGCUUGUCACUCGUCAGAGUCCACAUUCGAUCACAUGGUGCCUUGGAGAUAGUAAAAUUGCAAGUGGAAUGGCAUCCUGCAAGAACACUUGCUUUUACACUCCAGUGUCAAAUUUCACUGCGGUGCUAGCUCUAGCGGUCCUGGUCUUGGCGGGGCCGGCGGCGGCCGCCGUCCCCGAUCCGUCCGUGUCCGUGCAUCUCGAGGCGUUGCUGGCGUUCAAGAAGGCCGUCACCGACGACCCGAACGGCACGCUGUCCAGCUGGACGGUGGGGACAGGCAAUAAUGGCGGCGGCGGCUUCCCGCCGCACUGCAAUUGGACCGGCGUGGCCUGCGACGCCGCUGGCCACGUCACGUCCAUCGAGCUCGCGGAGACUGGGCUCCGGGGCACGCUCACGCCGUUCUUGGGCAACAUCUCGACGCUCCAGCUCCUCGACCUCACGUCGAACCGCUUUGGCGGUGGCAUCCCGCCGCAGCUCGGCCACCUCGACGAGCUCGAGGAACUCGGCCUCGGCGUCAACAACUUCACCGGCGCCAUCCCUCCGGAGCUCGGCGACCUCAGGAGCCUACAGGUGCUGGACCUCAGCAACAACACGCUCCGCGGUGGCAUCCCAAGCCGCCUCUGCAACUGCUCGGCGAUGACAGGGUUCAGCGUCUUCAACAACGACCUCACCGGCGCAGUCCCUGACUGCAUUGGUGAUCUGGUCAAUCUCAACGAGUUGAUACUCUCCCUCAACAAUCUUGACGGCGAGCUGCCGCCGUCCUUCGCGAAGCUCACGCAGCUGGAGAAGUUGGACCUCAGCAGCAACCAGCUCUCCGGCCCGAUCCCGCCGGGGAUUGGCAACUUCUCGAGUCUCAACAUUGUCCACAUGUUUGAGAACCAGUUCUCCGGCUCCAUCCCGCCGGAACUUGGCCGGUGCAAGAACCUGACCACGCUCAACAUGUACAGCAACCGCCUCACUGGUGCGAUUCCAAGCGAGCUCGGGGAACUCACCAACCUGAAGGUGCUGCUCUUGUACGGCAACGCGCUCUCGUCGGAGAUUCCCCUCUCGCUCGGGAGAUGCACGUCGCUGCUUUCGCUCGAGCUGUCCAUGAACCAGCUCACUGGGUCCAUCCCGACCGAGCUCGGCAAGCUACGGUCGCUUCGAAAACUGAUGCUCCACGUCAACAAGCUCACCGGAACAGUGCCAGCAUCGCUGAUGGAUCUCGUCAACCUUACAUACCUGAGUUUCAGUGAAAAUUCCCUCUCGGGCCCUCUUCCGGCGAACAUUGGAUCACUCCAGAAUCUUCAAGUGCUAGUCAUUAACACCAACUCGCUCUCUGGUCCAAUUCCGGCGAGCAUUGCCAACUGCACUUCGCUGUAUAACGCGAGCAUGGGGUUCAACGAGUUCUCCGGGCCUUUGCCCGCCAGCCUUGGCCAGCUACAGAACCUCGAAUUCUUGUCCUUGUGGGACAACAAGCUGUCCGGCGACAUACCGGAGGACGUUUUCGACUGCGGCAACCUCAGGACGUUAUACCUGGCUGGGAACAGCCUCACCGGUAGCCUGAGCCCUCGCGUCGGCAGGCUCAGCGAGCUCAGCUUGCUGCAGUUGCAGGGUAAUGCUCUGUCCGGGGAGAUACCAGAGGAGAUCGGCAACCUGACGAAGCUCAUCGCACUGCAGCUCGGGGGAAACCGCUUUGCCGGGCGCGUCCCAGCGAGCGUCUCCAACAUGUCGUCCCUGCAGAAGCUCACGCUGCAGCAGAACCGCCUAGACGGCGCGCUGCCAGACGAGAUCUUCGGCCUCCGGCAGCUCACUAUCCUCAGCGUCGCGUCGAACAGGUUCGUAGGCCCGAUCCCCGACGCCGUGUCCAACCUGCGGUCUCUCUCCUUCCUCGACAUGUCGAACAAUGCGCUGAACGGCACGGUCCCUGCGGCGGUGGGAAGCCUCGACCAACUCCUCACGCUGGACCUCUCCCACAACCGCCUCGCCGGCGCCAUCCUCGGCGCGGUGAUCGCGAAAUUGAGCACCCUGCAGAUGUACCUCAACCUGUCGAACAACAUGUUCACGGGCCCGAUACCGGCCGAGAUGGGCGGCCUCACGAUGGUCCAGUCCAUCGAUCUGUCCAACAACCGGUUAUCCGGUGGUGUCCCGGCGACGCUAGCCGGGUGCAAGAACCUCUACUCGCUCGACCUCUCCGCCAACAACCUCACCGGUGCCCUGCCUGCCGGCCUCUUCCCUCAGCUCGACGUCCUCACAAGCCUGAACAUCUCCGGCAACGGGCUAGACGGAGACAUCCCUUCAAACAUCGGUGCCCUGAAGAACAUACAGACGCUGGACGCGUCACGGAACGCGUUCACCGGGGUCAUACCGGCGGCGCUGGCGAACCUGACAAGUCUGAGGUCUCUGAACCUCUCGUCCAACCUACUCGAGGGGCCCGUGCCGGACUCAGGCGUGUUCCAGAACCUGAGCAUGUCGAGCCUGCAGGGCAAUGCUGGCCUCUGCGGCUGGAAGCUUCUCGCUCCCUGCCACCACGCCGGAAAGCAGGGGUUCUCGAGGACAGGGCUCGUGGUCCUAGUGGUGCUGCUGGUGCUGGCCGUGCUGUUGCUAUUGCUGCUUGUGGCGAUUCUCUUUCUUGGAUACCGGAGGUACAAGAAGAAGAAGGGAGACUCUACCCGUGCAACGAGUUUCUCCGAGGACUUCGUCGUGCCGGAGCUGAGGAAGUUCACUUACAGCGAGCUGGAGGCUGCCACCGGCUCGUUCGGCGAAGGCAACGUCAUCGGUAGCAGCAACCUGAGCACGGUCUACAAGGGCGUGCUCGUUGAUCCCGACGGCAAGGUGGUCGCCGUGAAGCGGCUCAACCUGGCGCAGUUCCCGGCCAAGUCCGACAAGUGCUUCCUCACCGAGCUCGCCACUCUGAGCCGCCUGAGGCACAAGAACCUGGCGCGCGUGAUCGGGUACGCGUGCGAGCCUGGCAAGAUCAAGGCUCUGGUCCUGGAGUUCAUGGACAACGGAGACCUCGACGGCGCGCUACACGGCGCGGGCAGGGACGCGCAGCGGUGGACGGUCCCGGAGCGGCUACGCGCGUGCGUCUCGGUAGCGCACGGGCUGGUGUACCUGCACACCGGCUUUGGCGUCCUGAUGAUGGAACUCUUCACCAAGCGACGCCCGACCGGGACAAUCGAGGAGGAUGGCGUGCCACUGACACUGCAGCAGUACGUGGACAACGCGGUCUCGAGGGGCCUCGACGGGGUGCUCGACGUCCUGGACCCCGACAUGAAGGUGGUCACCGAGGGCGACCUGUCCACGGCGGCGGACGUGCUGAGCCUGGGCGUGUCGUGCGCCGCGUUCGAGCCGGUGGACCGGCCUGACAUGGACAGAGUUCUUUCAACCUUGCUGAAGAUGAACAAGGUCUGUGGAGGAGACUAG